AUGGUUCCCAAUGUCAAACUCCGCCCAGCCCAGCCCAGCAAGCGUCCGCCGCAAGAGCAGGGUCGCAGCCUCGACUCGGGCUUCGACUCGCAGCAGGACGCCACACAGGCGUUUGUAGACAUCUGCCCAAGACCUUUCAAGUCCGUCGUCCUCUGUGCAACCGGCAUCAACGACAAGACGACACUCUUCAAGCAGGCCAUCGAACUCGGCGCACAACCUCUCAGUGACCUCACCGACAAGGUCACACAUCUUCUCGCCCUCGAGUCUGGCAGUGCAAAACACAAAUGCGCACUGGAGAGACGGAUACCGAUCAUGCACCCAGACUGGAUAUCGGAAAGCUACAGGGUCUGGCUACGCGGCGAUGACGUGAACCUCGAAGAGAGCGUUCGCGCACACCGCCUCCCUAUCUUUUCCGGUAUCGUCCUUUGCGUUUCUGGCAUCGAAGACGUCGCACGUCGCACAGAGAUCAACCGUCUUGUCACCUCGCAAGGCGGUGCCUACGUCAAAAACAUCGAGCGUCCCGUUCGUGUCACGCACCUCCUCUGCGCAACCAGCAUCGAGCAGCCCUCAGAAAAGAUGCAGUAUGCGACCAAAUUCAACGCCCGCAAAGAGGCCGACAUACACAUAAUCUGGGAGCAGUGGUUCUGGGACUGCUUCAAGUUACACGGGAGGUGCGAUGAGGAGCACUAUGAUGUCUCCCGCCCGCCGCCGGAGCCCGUUCUCAGUCUUGAAUGUGAACGUGUGUGUUCUCCUGUAUGCACCCACCCAUAUUGCUGA